CGAACCCGAGCCUGGCCCGGCCGCAUCAGCAGCACUGCUCUCACAGCUCUUGCGUUCCCAAUAUGAACAGGUUUCUCCAAGAUCUUUGUCAGCCUGCCUGCGAGGAAGAAGGAGCUUGGAGAACACUUCUCUCUGCGUUUGUUGCAGCUGCUCAAUAUCUCUGACCUUUCCUUGAACGCAAUCGUUCCCUAAGCUUCAUUGACUGGCGGAAAGUCUGUUUGAGUUUUCCAGAAGCAAUUGCAUCCAAUAUCUUUUGAUCUGCUUCUGAAUCAAACAAUCAAAACUUGAUAAUUUAUUUGUGAUACGAUUUGAGCUCGCAGUUCGCACUUGAGCGGUGACCAAAAAGGUGUUUCAGAGGGAGAGAGAGCUGACUCUGGAUAGCGGUGACAAGUGCUCAACAUGAGAACGUUAUUACUUCAGGCCAUUGCCUUGGGCAUGGUCGUAGCUGUGUGCAGCGGAGUCUCACUUUUCGAUAGCAAACACGAACGGUUGUUUGAGGAGAGCGACCCAGCAUUAGAAGAAUCUGAUGAGGAAGUACUCAGCAGGGAAGCACGGCAGUCAUCCGGUGAACCCGUUGAGGGCCCGAAAGGAGAGCCGGGUCUACCGGGAGAGAGCAUUCCUGGGCCCCAAGGUCUUCCUGGAACGCAGGGAGAGAAGGGCCAGAAGGGAGAGCAAGGAUUCGCAGGACGGCCCGGACCCCCGGGUGAGCCCGCAAUCAUCAACUACCAAUCUCAGGUCAUAGUUGACCCGUACAACAAGCCCAAGGGUCCCGUGCAGCAAAUCCCUGUAGUCGGUCAGCCGCAGAUCUCCUACGUCACCGGCCCGCGUGGAUCGUCCGGCUCGGACGGACCUCCUGGACCCGCCGGCCCGCCCGGAGAUGACUGUGCCCCAGGACUUCCCGGAUCCCCUGGACAAACGGGUCCGCCCGGCGGCCCUGGUUCGCGUGGACCAACUGGCUCCAGUGGAGAACGCGGAGCUGAUGGCAAGCAGGGACCUGCUGGACCAGCGGGCCCAGCCGGCCCCAAGGGACCAGCUGGUCACAACGGUCUCCUGGGCAAGCAAGGCAACAAAGGCGAACAGGGUGCUCAAGGUGCAGCUGGUCCGGCCGGCCCGAUGGGUGAGAGCGGUGGCAAAGGCGAUGACGGAAACAAAGGAGACACCGGACCAAUGGGCCCAGCGGGACAACAAGGAGGACCUGGCGAUCGCGGUAGUAAUGGCAAAACUGGUCCACAGGGACCACCAGGCGCUCCUGGCCGUCCCGGUUCACGAGGUGCCCCCGGUGAUCAGGGAGCUACUGGCUACACUGGCGCUACUGGCAAACCAGGAUCACAGGGUCCACCAGGUCCGCAGGGCUCGGCUGGCCGUGCAGGAGAGAAGGGAUCUUCCGGCAAGGACGGGCUGAACGGCAACUCCGGUAACUCAGGCAACCCAGGUCGUGACGGCAAACGAGGCUCAACUGGUGCUCCCGGUUCUCAGGGUGAGGCAGGCAAACCCGGUGCCAACGGAUUCCCUGGCGGUCCCGGUCAACCUGGCCCUGACGGCGCACGAGGCAGUCCUGGAGCGAAGGGUGCACGCGGUAGUGAUGGACGAGCUGGUAGAAAUGGAAACCGUGGUGGAGCUGGACCUCAGGGACCUCAAGGCAGACAGGGAGCACAAGGCCCAGCUGGUGAAGACGGAUCUAAGGGCCCAGCCGGACCUACUGGGCCAGCCGGUCCCAUGGGACCCACCGGUCCCCAGGGCUCCUCCGGUCAGGCCGGAGCGCCCGGAUUCCCCGGCUCCGACGGCGCCGCAGGCGUCCCCGGUAACCCUGGCAACGACGGACAGACCGGCAGCAAGGGAGAGAAGGGCAGUCAAGGCAGUGACGGACCAGCAGGGCCACUGGGACCCAGAGGAAUGCGCGGACAACAAGGUUCUCAAGGCCGACAAGGAGACACCGGUCCAUCAGGCCCCGCUGGAGCCCCAGGCAAUGACGGCAACGACGGAGCUCGUGGCAAGGACGGACUUCCAGGUCUGCAAGGAUUCCCUGGCGAACGUGGAGAACGGGGUUCCAACGGAGCUUCCGGUCGUAAUGGCAAGGACGGCGAGAAGGGCCAGAAGGGAGAGACCGGGCAGAAUGGCGCAGCAGGCAACCAAGGACAACAGGGAGCAAUGGGACCCGCUGGACCGGCUGGCUCACAGGGCCGGGCAGGAGGCAGAGGCGAGCCCGGACAGCGUGGACAGAUGGGCCCUCAAGGAAACGCAGGUGCCAACGGUGCAAAGGGUGAACGUGGAGAAGCCGGAACGAAUGGACGCAAUGGAAACAUGGGACCUCUCGGCCGUCCCGGUGAGAUGGGACCGGCUGGACCAGCGGGCGCCUCUGGCGAAGAGGGAGAACGUGGCUCGACCGGAUCGGCUGGACCCAAGGGCCCGGCUGGCCCAGCCGGUGGUGCUGGACCCCAGGGACCACAAGGAGCAGCUGGCCGCCCAGGAGAGAAGGGAGCACAAGGCCGACAGGGACCGGCCGGACCUCAGGGUAACCGUGGAAACAACGGAGAAGCAGGACGUGACGGCAAGGACGGCGCUCAGGGCUCCCCUGGUCCAGCAGGCAAUGACGGCGAAACUGGAGCACAGGGCGCACGUGGACCAACGGGUAGCGACGGAGAGCGCGGCGCACAGGGUCAGGCGGGAGAGGCUGGUGAUCGCGGUGCACCGGGACAGGCCGGUCAGAACGGACGCCAGGGAGAGAAGGGACCGUCAGGAUCGGCUGGACCCGCUGGACCUCAGGGACCAAGCGGAGACCGAGGAUCAACUGGACCAGCUGGCUCCGCAGGUAACAGCGGAGCACAAGGAGCGCCCGGAGAUCAAGGCCCACCCGGCCCGGCCGGACAGCCAGGUAGCAGCGGAUCGUCAGGACAGAGAGGACACCCCGGCGGUCCCGGAGCACCCGGUACACCUGGAGAUGGGGGACCUCAAGGAUCACCUGGCUCGCCUGGCCCAGCUGGACAAGAUGGAAAACAAGGCACCCGAGGAGAGACAGGUGCCCAAGGACCCCAAGGCCCAGCUGGACCACAGGGACCAAGCGGAGAAACCGGUGAUGACGGAAAUACUGGACCUCAAGGACCCGCGGGACCCACCGGCCCCGUUGGCCCUGCUGGACCCGCUGGAGCUAAGGGCAAUGUGGGUGGACCCGGAUUCCCAGGUGCCAAGGGAGCACGCGGACUUCCCGGCCCAGUGGGCGGAGCAGGAAAGAAUGGAGAGCGUGGAGAAGAUGGCAAGAAGGGAUCAACAGGCCGACCCGGCAACCCAGGACCCCAGGGAGCCCCCGGCGAGAAUGGAGCACAAGGCACAUCCGGCGCUGAUGGUGAGCCAGGACGAAUGGGACCCUCCGGCGAACGUGGAGGCGAUGGACCGCCAGGAACUGCAGGACAACCAGGACAACCCGGACAACAGGGACCACAAGGCGCCACCGGUGCUCCCGGAUACGCUGGAAAGUCCGGAGACAAGGGCUCUAGCGGAGCAGCUGGUCCACAGGGCCCCGCCGGACCACAGGGACCUGCCGGAUCUGCUGGUGAUGCUGGUGCUACUGGCGAGGGUGGACCACAGGGAGCAAAGGGUCAUCCUGGAUUGAAGGGACCACAAGGAUUGCCAGGCGAUCGCGGUUCACCGGGUGAAGAUGGACAGCGUGGCUCAGGUGGUCCAGUCGGACCCCAAGGUUCACAGGGCUCCAAGGGACCACAAGGACCGCAGGGUGACCCAGGUAAUGAUGGACCAUCUGGAUCUACCGGACCAGAGGGACCUUCUGGUGAGAAUGGUGACUCUGGCGUUCGCGGUGACUCCGGACCACCCGGACCACCUGGACCUCCCGGACCACCUGGCAAGGGUUGCCCCAACUGUGGCGCCCACUACCCCGUCUCUGGUGGUGGAAAAUUCAAGCGUAGCGUCGACUUCGAGGAUGAACCCGCAACUGUUGACAUGGUUGAGAACUUCUUCCAUGAGCUCUCAGGUCUGAAGGAGAAGCUCUCUACCCACCAUUGCCCCAGCGGUAGCAAGGAACAGCCUGGACGUGACUGUGCUGAUCUCAAGCUCUGCAAUCCUGCUAUCAAGUCAGGUACAUACUUCAUUGAUCCCGAUGAGGGCUCACCUCUGAACGCCAUCCAGGCCGUAUGCAACUUUGACGUGGAGAAGGCAAAGACUUGCGUCGAGCCCCUUGAGUCAAGCAGUCACUUGUCGUUCCUGCGUCUCCUCCAUCACACCGUCGAGCAGAACUAUACGGAGUCUUGCAAGAAUGCCAAUGGUGUCAAGGAUCUCCUCUCGGCCGAGCUCAACGAGCCGCUCAACCUGGACAGCAAGCACCUGCAUGUCGUCCAGCACACGCCCUGCAAGAGCACGUCGGGUGAGACUACCAUCCAGCUGCAGACAUCACGCACUGACCUGCUGCCGGCACUGCCCGCCAUGCCGUCAACCACUGGCCAGUCGUCGCAGCUGUGCUUUGCUUGAAGCCCGUGCGUGCUCUGCGGUCACCACCGACACCAUCAUCGGUAAUAACAACUCACUGCUGCCGUGUGCGCAGUGACACGCCUCCACCCCAACCAUGGUGCUCCGCUGUGGUUGUGUUCGUGAUCAAACAGUUGCUGAUUUAGCAGAAUCCCAACUGUACUUAGUUGUUGCCACCUUCGGUACGGCACGGCAUUGCCUUGCUGUGCUGGAGGUGGUAACGACAGUGGAUAAUUCUUUUCCUCUCUGUAUCUCCCUGUGUCUGUCCUUGUUGUGCUGUUAUUCUCUCGUCUGCUUCUUGUUGCUAUCCAACUGCUUUGAAGUACAAGCCCACGUUUCUCAAGCGUUGUUUGUGCGCGCUUGGUUGCCAUGCCCAGCUACGUUGUCAGCCCGUUCACUCUAGUUUUACUUGGCACAUGUUGCACCUGCACAUCCCCCACUCCCAGUAUCCCCCCCCCCCCCCCCCCACACACACCACAUAGCACUGCACUCGCUUCGCAAGCACCUCGACAUAGACUAACUUGUUUUCGUAGAUAUUUUCAGACUCUUUGUCAGCUGUACAUCAUGUAAGUUCACACAAAUGCUUUGUUCUCUUUGUAUUAUGAUUGUAACCGUGUACAUGAUCGUGUACUAAGUUCAUUGCUGCUAGCUUUUCUUGUCGUUUUUUUUAUUAACAUUCUGGCCGCAAUGGCUUUCGUCUUACAGCAAUUGCGUUCCAGAACUGCAAGUAGUAAAGCGAUUUUAUGAUGAGA